AUGGCCGAGCAAGCCGAGCGCACCGAGUCGUACCCUUCGCCUGGACGAUCCAGCGGUGGUAACAACCUGCCCUUCUACCAGCAUGUACAGCAACCUCCGCCACCUUUGGAGCCGUCGCAUGAGAACAAUGGAGGUCACAGCAGAGAAGGAGCCUCUCCGUCGCCAGAGGCGGAUAACGGCACGCAUCGCGAGGUGCCAGACGAUCCUCAGCUGCGCGCCCACAUCGCCAACAUGAUGGGCAAUGUCGGCACCUUUGGCAACUUUGGAGCCCCUCCAGCGCCAAUGGCCGGUUCCUCAGAUCGAUCUCCUCCUGCCACGGCGCCUCAAGGCUCGGUGGCGUACGCGCAGUUUAAUGGGUCUGACGCCGCACCGCCUAUGGAUCGAAACAGGGCAGCUCGUCAGAAAGUUAGUCGCGCGUGCGACGAGUGCCGGAGAAAGAAGAUCAGAUGCGACGCGAUUGAUGAGUCGGCGACCAUGGCAUGCACGAAUUGUGCUCGAACAGGUGCCAAAUGUGCAUUUAGCCGGCAGCCAUUGAAGAGGGGACCGAACAAGGGCUACAUCAAAGAGUUGGCGGAGCGGUUGAACUCUCUCGAACAACAAGUGCAUCCACCCAAUAUCCAGCAGCAUCGCUAUGAGAUACAGCAGGUUCAGCGAGCUAUGGAAGAAGGACUGAACAGUUUUGCUGCUGAUCCUCGUACAGGCGAUAAGAGGACGCACGAGGUUGCAGAAGCACUGCAGACUGCAGCGCAACAGCCGCACGCGAUGAUGCCCACCACCAGUGCCCCAGCAACUCUUUACGCAGCGGCUCCUUCUUCUUACCAGCCUCCAUCUGGUUCAAGUCAGCCUUUCUGGAGACAUGGUCCGGCCGAGAAUCGACAGGAUCCUGUAGGCAUAGCUUACGAACCGGACAAUACACCAACCAUCACGUCGUUCGACUGGGACGAGACCAUUAUAGACGAAUACUACCGCAUCAUCCACCAGACUUUCCCUCUGUUGCCGAACAGCAAACAUCGACUCCGACAAAAGCUAGCCGAGUGCCCUGCAUCUUUGAGAGAGGCGUUUCUUGCUGCUCUUGACUGCUGCAUGCGCACGUUCCCAACGACUACACUUCCUCCGAAUGCCGGCUAUGCGCAGGCUUUGAAACGGUCAGCUGAGCUGCUAGCCAAGUACCCAUUCGACAAUCCCAGCAGCCAUACGAAUGCCACAAACUUGGUAUAUCUCCAGACGCUUCUACUCAUGGCGCUUGACUGUGAUAAUCACGGACCGGCAACGAUCAGAGGUCAAGCUGGUCCAAGCCGAUCAGAAUGGCUUGGUCGUGCCGCUGGUGUUGCAGGACAGCUGGAGAUCAAUGUCAUUCGCACUGCGACAACAUCAGUGAUGGAAGGCGACCGCGAUUCAGAAGAGCGUCUUGCGCGACGUGUGUGGUGGGUUCUCUUCAUUCUGGACAGAUGGCAUGCGUCGUCGACUGCCGAUCUACUCAAGCUGCCAGAGAACAGCGUGGUGCUAUUGCCAGAAGAUCAGAUUCUCCUCGGAGAGUCGACUUACCAUCUGGCUCGGCUGUCCUUUAUCAUCGGGCAUCUUGCAGCUAUCUUAACGACAACCAAGACGCCUUCGACGGAUGUGAUGGCACCCUCGAAUCCAGCGUCGUCACUGCUUGGUCUCACACUUGCUGGUGAGAUUGAUCGUUUCAGAGAGUCCGUCGAAUCGGUUUGGGGAUCACUGAACCUCGUGCACCUCAGCUACCACCACUGUCAUCUACUCAUCAAACGCUUGAGUCCAGACACCGAGCCGACUGAACUGGUCGGUCACGCUGUGAAGGUCGCCACGGUGCUCAACAGCCGGCUUACACCUGUAACUCCACUGAACCACCAUUUCGGCGCAUUGGCCGCCAUGACCUUAUGCGAACUAUCAGAAGUGCCCAAGACUCGAUUUGAGGCAAUCAAAGGCCUGGAUCACCUGGCCGAGGCUCUCGGAGAAGGACGCGGCCUGGCCGGCAAACUGGAGAGCGAAGGCUGGGAUGGUGCGGUGCGCGAUCUCGUCAAGAAGAAGCUCGCCAAAAUGCAGCCUUUCCGAGACGGACUGCAGAGUCCUGGGAACGGAGCGGGUGGCGGCCGGGAUAAUUUCGACCCUACGAUGCUCACUCGGUACGGCUACUUGACGUCGCUUGGUCAAGGACUCUUUGGCAGGGAGGGAUAG